CCAUGCUUACAGAUCACAAGAAGAAGAAGAGGAUCGCCGCUCGCCGUCGUCUGUUUGUUAUUGUUGUGAAAAUCAAUGGCAUGGUGGUGUGUUUUGAGGCGUUUUUCCUGCUUGUUAGGCUUCCAGGGUCUCUGCACAGGGAAGCACCAGUCCAGAUUGUAGGAUUAGCGUAGCAGUAGCCUUGUUCACCUGUUCAUUAGCUGUGCCGACCAGGUGGAUGCAAUGCGCCAGUGAUCGUGGAAGCGGUGUGCCGAUUGCGGGAGCCUGCAUAUGACGCCACCACUCCACGCAGCCUCUCCCGCCACAUUAUGUAGAUGUACCGUCCAUCGUGGUGCACAACGGCUCGGCCAGCGCCCCGGGAAGCCCAGGAAUGGAGAGAUCAGUGCGGCCCCUGCGCCACCACCCCACCCUCUCCAAGCAGGUUUCACUGCUGGACGACGAAUGUGACGAGGGUGUGGAGGAUGGGGGGGACCUGCUACCUGACACCCCACCCACCCACCCUCACUCCCACACCCCUCCCCCCACACCACCCGGGGCCAGGGGAGUGUCUCCACCUUCCCCGUCUACCUCUUUCUCUCACCACCAUAAUGGCUCUCCCCAUGGGCCUGGGCCUGGGGGAGGCGGUGGUGGGGGAAUGAACUGUAGUCAUGGCGGGUCCAACCAUUGCAGUGCCGGGCACGGGGCAGGGCAGGGCCAUGUGGCACAGGAGCCGGGGCGCUCCAAGUCCUUGGAGCUCCACCACCAACGCUCCACAGACUCAGACAAGGAAGUUCCUUUGGUUACCUCAGCCAGACACAGGCACCACGGGGAGAAACCCAAGCGGCUGCAGAGGAGCCAUGCCAUGCGGGAAGACUCCUCCCCGCCCCCAGAGUUGCUGGAGGGAGUUCCACCAACAUCAUCUCAUCCUAGUACAACCUCAGGAGGAGGCAACACCCUUACCGUCACUGCCAGUGGAGGCGGUCGCAGGCGCAUCAAGCACCAGGGCUCCUCUCAGGGCUCCUUUGAUGGCUCCUCUCCAUGCUUGUCUAGGGACUCAUCAAUGGAGUACACAGACAGCAGCGGGGUAGACCUGCAGCAGUUCAUCAUACAGACCUUGCACAAAAACCAAAAAGAUCGCAUGAUGCUCCUCAAGAUUGAGCAUGAAUUAGUCAGUCUGGUCAAGGACUCUAAACGGACCCACCACAAGUUCCCACCCAUGUCAUCCUACCAGCGCAUGCUUGUGCAUCGCUGUGCUGCCUUCUUUGGCCUGGAGCACAAUGUGGACCAGGCAGGCACGGCAGUUAUUGUCAAUCGCACUCGCAACACACGCCUUCCUGAGACCCGUUUCCGGGAUCACUGCCGGGAUGACCUGUUAGUGCCUGAUGAACCUAAGAGGUCCAUUCUCAAACGGGACUCAUCUUCCUUCGAUGAUAGUUCUAACUAUAAGUCCCUAGAUAGACAAUUCAGCUCAGAGUCCAGGAGGAGCAAGAGUUUCGAGGAACGGGAAGAAGAGUAUGAGAAAGUAAGGAAGAGAAUAUUCAGUCAGGAGUCCUUGUCUUCGGCUGACGGUCUGGGCGACUCACCGGUCAGGAGUCAUGACUCUCGGCGGAACUCCCAGGACGACUCACGUUGGCAUGAGACCCGCCACUGGACUUUCAUGGACUCUGAAGCAUCACAUCGAAAACACCACUACGACAAUCAUAGGCUAAGACCUGGGAGGCUGCCCAAGGUGGAGUCCUUUGAGAGCCGAGACACCCUUCAUCCCAGGUCUCUCCGGCCACCGGUGUUCAAGUCACACAGUUUUGGCGGCUACAGCGGCGGAGUGACAGUGUUGUCACGUGGAGACUCUGUGUCUAGCAACAUCUCUUCCAGAUUAAGUAAACAAGACUCCACCAGCAGCAGGAUAAGCGACCAAAGUAUGAGUUCUGGCUACAAGUCACAGAGACAAGAUACUAGUUCAACAAAUGUGUCAAAUACUCUCUCCACGACUCCUUCCCCGACCACCAGUCAACACCAACACUCAGCUGCCGGCCAGGUGGGUGUGUGGGGUGGAGAAGGAGAUAGCCAACCUGUGAUGUGGGCAGUGACGGACAUGGAAGCUGUACCUGCUGGAGCUAUGUUAAUAAACCCCCAGAGUGGCCAGCCAUAUAUGAACUCCGAUGGGUCAGUAUAUCGCUUUGAUCCAAACAACCCUCCUCAGCUGAGCCCGAGCGUCAGCAGUAGCAGCUCGGGAGUCACGGCUGCCCAGGAGAAAGACUCUGCUUCUGACAAGGACACCUCAAGCCAGCCCUCAGGGCUGCUGUACCACAAACCUUCGAAGUGCAUGUAUUCGGAGGGGGUCUCAGGGGGUCCUCUCUCCUCCCCUGUCUCUCCACCUCAGCCUGCCCCAGCAUCACACCAAGGUGGUUCAAGUGGGAGCCUCACCACCUGUGUGACCCAGGUUCCUGCCGUGUCCACACCAUCACAUGAUCUUCCUCAAACUGCCUCGGCCAACAUUCACAGCCCGCCCACCAAACAGCUCAGUCUACAGCAAUCCUCUCCUGAGCCAACACAAGGUGUUGUGAGUGGCAGUGUGUCAGGCGGGGAGAGCCGGGAGGCUGAGAUGCCUGCUGCCUCUGGGGGAAAUAGCGGCAGUGAGGGGGUGACCCAGCCCACACCUCAAGUGAUAUACCCGCAGUAUUAUCCACUUGAAGCAAGAUCUUACUCCCAGGAGGGCCACGUGAGUGAGGUGGCCAGCCAUAUGCGGGCCCUGUGCCUGAGUGGGGCCAGUGGCAGUGAGGCUCCAGGAGACAUGGUUACAGGGCAGGUGGCUGCCCCGCCAGCUCCCGGCCCGGGACCUCAAAGUUACGUUGUGCCAAGACAGCAUUACACACAGCCAGUGUACUACAUGCCGGCAGGGAGUGUGGGUAACCUGAACGGCUCCCUCAAGUAUGUGUACCCUCAGUAUCAAAUGGCUCCUGUGCAGGCUCCAGCAGGAGUGCAAGCCCAGGCAGGGGUACAGCCAACUGGAAUGCAACAAGUUCAGGGGAUACCUGCUGUACCAGCAGUACCUUCUCUGACAGGGGCAGUGCCAGCAGCCCCUGGCCCUCCCACAGCCCAUCAUCCCUCCAUGGAACACACCCCAGCUCUCCCUCCUGGGGGGGGGCACCUUUACCCUCCAGGAGGCUACACAGUGGUGACCUACCCCGCUGCUGGAAAUGUAAGUGGGACAGGCAGUGGGCAGGAGGCCGGGGGCACCACCUAUUACUAUCAGCUGCCUUCAGCACCAGCAGGAUCAGGAAUUGGUGGUCCCCUCCCUCCAGGACAGCCUGUACCCACCAGCCUCCACCAGUACACCAUCACACCCUCCACCACAACCACCACGUUUCCACAGAUGGGGAGCAGCUUAGGUUAUUACACUCCAAGUGGCUUGCCAGGUGGAGGAGUGUACCAGGCUGUGGGUGGCAUGCAGGGCAUGUCUGGGGGCAUGUACAGCUCCCCUCCUGGCCCGGCCCCGGCCAGCCAUGCCACAGCUGUCUCCUACAGAGCCCCGACCCCUCCCCAGACUCCCAGCACCCAGGGCAUGAGUUUAAGCCUGGGGUAUGUGAGUGGCGGCAGUGGGGGGACUGGGGUAGCGCCAGCGGGAGGGCAAUAUAUGGCAAUGGUCCCCCCCCAGCAGCCCCCCACUCCCACAUCCCACGCCCCUCCCCCCCAGCUCUUCACCACCUUCUUUAGGCCUUCUGUCCAGAUGAUGGGAGGGUCAGCAGGCACUCCUCCCCCCCAGUCUGUGCUCCAGUAUGGGGGUGGUGCUGUGCCACCCUCAGGUCCCCCAGGAUCAGUCACCCCCCACCCGCCAGUGUUCGCCAAGCCCUACAUGGGGCCGGCCAUGCACACCAUGAUGCCUGGAGCCUUGCCGGAGCAGGCUGGGCUGGGCAAGGAAGACAAGAGGCUGAUGGCCAUGGCCCAGGGUGUUGGGGGAGCUCCCACUGGCCCUGCUGCCCAGCUCCUGGCCAGACCGUACUCCAUCAUGCAAAGUGAUAUGCGGAUAUUUGGGGGGACAAGCGGGCUUCCCAAUACAGGUGGGAUGAGUGGUGGUAGCCUGGCGGGUAGUGGGGCCCCAGCCCCCCUGCGGGCCGGGCCCCUCCUGCUGGCUGGGACGCGGCCCAGACACCCCAAUGCCUUCACUCCCACCCCACUUGCCCCCCUGAGUCUAGCAAGACCGCCCAAAGUGCGGAGACAGCGGUCACGAACUUCUUAUACUCGUAGCUCAGAAGUUAUGACACCUCAGAUGUCAGUGGAAGGCCAAGAGUCAAAUGAAUGAAAUUGUUUUCCUGCUUUCAAGCAGUUAUCUCCAACCAAGCUUUUACAGUGGGAUUGAUAACAAAAUAAUUAAGUUAAAACUAUGUGAUCCUAUGACAAAAUUCAAAAAGCAUUUCCUAUGUAGGUGCUGCAGUGAGGGUUAGUGACAGCCUUAUAUAGUGUGAGUUGCAUCGUGACAUUCACCCGGCCCCCGGCCAGCUGUGGUGCAGCGGCAGAGUGACACCUGCUGCCUGCGAUGAAGAGGAUCCUCAUACACCUGCAUAAUAUCUACAGAGCCUGUGGUCUUGUAUCGCAAAUUGUUCUAGUGUUUGCUGAUGUAGUUCUCAAUUUUUUAUUAAAAAAUAACAACAAGGAAUUACAGGAAAUGUGUUGGUGACAACAAGGAAAACAAGGAGUACACACACGAAGCAGUUUGAGAACUUGCCGACAAAGCUAGAAUGCUAACAGAUCCAGAAGUGUGCGGUAACUUGUUGUAAAGGCUGGAUGUGAACAUUUAUUGACAAAUUUGUUUGAAAUGAUGACAAAGUGGCAUUGUGUGGAUCUGACACUGAAGAAUACUUGAUGACAUCAGUAACUCUCAGCAUUGGUACAUCCUUCCACCCUCACCACCACUACCUCCACCUCCACCAAGGGUACCUCACCUCCCUCCCUACAGCAGUGCAUUUCUGUUGCCACUCAUCUACUAGCUGUACAUAAAAUAUUGUUAUGUUAUAUUUCACUGACAGCCAACAAAGCUGUGGAGAAAUAUUUCAGGUUGUUAAAAAUAUUUUAUUAUUUUAGUUUGAAGGGGAUCAGUUAUCAUAAGGACAUCUCUUGAGAACUUAUGACAGUUGGUGACCCAGGAGAGGGAGUUGGUAAUGCAUUAUUAAUGUAGAACUUGUAACUGUUUUCUAUUUGCACAAUGAUACUUGUAUUAUGUAUUCGAGUGUCCAAUGAAGUUGAGUCAUCAAGAUUGAGAGUGGAAAAGAUGAAAAUGAGAAUUCAAGUUAAUGUUACAGUAAGUAAGUAACACCUCUUUUUAUCAUUAAUUAAAUUUCUUAGAUGAUUUCAGAGCAGUACAACAGUUAAUAUAAAAAUGCAAAUCAAGUUGAAGUUAUGUGAUAAUGAGAAGCUGAUUGUUCAAUUUCUUGGAGUGUUGGGAAGUGAGAGUCAGACUCAUGAAAAUGUUAUUGUUUUAUCCUGUUUUGAAUUUAUGGAAAUUCUUUUAUCUUGAUUUACAUUGGAAACAUAUCCAAGAAAAUUAGUGAAUUCAGUUUUCAGUCACUUGCAGCGAUUCAUUGAUGAAGACAAAACUGUCACCUUAUCGACCCACUGUCAAAAGCUCUUUUUUAACUGGUAGUGUACUCUUUUUACCUGCUCUGCAGCCUGCCAUGCACUUUUCAGAGGUAUUUAAUGAUGCAGAAGUCUUUAUUAUUCACUAUUUUUGUACAGCUAUUUGAAACACUUGCCUACUGGUUGCUUUUCAUAGUCAUUGAUCUAGUCUUCAUGUGCUGAUCAAGUCAAAGGUGCUGAGCUGAGUUCAUAUUGCUCAUGUGUACAGAACCCUUGUGGGGAACACUGCUCAGUGGAGGAAGAGAAGAGAAAGGGGCUCUUGCAUCCCCUCCCGUGGUAACUACGGAAACAGGAAGAUAUGAAUCUGUGUGAAGUUUCUUGACAGAUUCAUUUGUUGAAAAAUGUGCAUAUGUAUGCACCUGAGUAGCAUGUACACAUGUCAUUAGUGUGUGUGAGUGUGACUGUGUGUGUGUGUGUGUGUGUGUGAGUGUGUGUGUGUGUGUGUGUGUGUGUGUGUGUGUGAGUGUUGUCCAGCAGCUGGCAGCAUCCCCUCGGGUAACUGGAUCAGCCAGAACACGGGACAGUUGGGUGGCCAUCCAUUCCCUCCUUCCAGACCACAUGGUGUCAGGUGUUGAUGAAAGAACAUAAUAAUUGUUAAACCUAUAGAGUGUGUCCAUUCUAAAUACUCUUGGGUUCUCUGUAAGUAUUAAGUGUCAGAAGUUUAAUGCCUCGAACAAUAACAAUGGAACUCUAUGAAAAAUAGAAAAUUAUGAACAAAUGGUAUUCCCAAAGAUCCGGCUGGCACUGUGAUCAUCCAGGGAAUUUCCAUAAGCCAGCAAAUGCAAUAGAAAGAUCCUCCAACCUCGUGAAUCCAAAGAAUAAUGCCUGACACAAGAUCCUCUUUAUACUCAUGACCCAACACAAACCUUUGUUUACAACUUUAGCCUUGUUUGUGCACAACCUUGUUACUCCUGGAUGAACUAAAUUGGCUUGUUUUUCAAACUAGCUUGAGUAGGAUCACAGGGAUGUUUUAUAGAUGUUAAAUUAACCAAAAUAAACUUUAUGCCAUUACCAGACAUUUGUUAUACUGAAUCUAGCAGCACAUACAAUUGGCAUAAUAUAUAAAACAAACUUUUAUUUUAGAACUAACACCCAGGCAUUAAUGAAGACAGCAGCAAAAUUGAGUUUUUCUUCUGAAUUAUCAAGUAAAAUUUACAUUGAACUUUUAUGGCUUCACUCACUUUAGAAAUCAUUUGAAAUUUGGAUAAUUCACUGUCUAAAGAACAUCCCUAUAGAGCUUUCUGUUCACUGAGGAAAAGAAGCAUUUCAUGUUUGUUUCACUGUAGGAUAAGGAGUCUCACAGGUCUUAUGUAGUCAGGUUCUCUCGUACCCCAAUGAUCUCGUUCCCUAGUCAUGUAUAUCGUUACUUUUUCUUUUUAGAUACAACACAAGCUAUUUGCCAGAGUGUACAAGUAAAGAGAUUAAUGCUGUUGAGAUUAAAUAAAGAACAUAACACCAAUUGAACUACUAUGUCACAACUCAGUUCUCUCUUUCAAAAGCACUGAUGAUAUUUUUGAUUUUCUCUCCUAUGAGUUUGACUAUUGAGCCUAACUAUGAAUGCUAAAACACCCCUUGCAAUGGGCCAAGUAUUAUGAAAACGAACAACAAGAUAACAAUCCGCACUUGGGAUAUUCCGCGAGUGAGAGUACCAUGGCUUUAUUAGAAUAUAAGAAAGUAAUACCAGCAGUCAUUGUAUGUGAGUUUGAUGUUUGUUAAUAAUUCUGAAAGUAUCAACAUUUCUUUCCAUAGGCAUAAUAGUGAUCAUAUCCGUUACAUUUCAGUUCAGUUUUGCAUCCAUCAUCUCUGUUCUUCUUGCUGUCAUAAAAGUACCUUCUUGCCAAAUCAUGUUGGUAUGAUUAUCACAUUCUUGGCUGACAUAUUUCAUUCAUUUCAUUUCAUACCUGCCUUAACUAAUCUUCUGAAAGGGGCCUUCAUAUUUGUAUUGUUGUGCUUUUAAACUCUCACCAGCCAUGUACGAGUGAGAUGCUUCCAGCCCGUCACUCCCCCGUUCUCUCUCUCCCUCCCCUUAGCCUAUUGGAGUCUUUUUCUUUCUCUUUUGCUGUCUCUCUUUCUCUCCGUCUCUUGCUUUCUCUUCUCUUUGCUCUUCUCUUUCUCUUUUGCUUUCUCUUCUUUUCUCUCUCUCCCUUCCUUUCUCUUCUCUCUCUCUCUCCCCCUCUCUCUCAUUGUCUGAAGCCCCUCCCCCGUAAAGUCUUUCUGGGUGAGCUCCCCCGUGCCUCCUCACACCCAUGAACUCACUAACUAAAAUAAAGACUCAACAAGUACAGCUAACUAGAUGAAAAUGACGUUAUUCACAUGAGUUUUUUCCUUGCAUGAAAAGCAUAAAAAAAGAGCAAUAAAUAAUUACAAGAUUGUUGGGUGUAUCCCUGAGUUGAUGAUUUGUUGUAUGUAGAUGACUCUCACUAUACAAUUGGGUUGCAUGCCUAGAAAUGUAUAAUGAACAAGAAGAGUUCAAUAGAGAUACAUUCCAGGACUUAGUCAACCCCAGGACAUAAGUAUAAAAACGGCUUUUCCAGCUCUCCAGAAAAUACUAUGAAAAAAAGUGCUCACAUGUGUUGAAAUAAAUAUACAAAUAGCAAUGGAAAGGCUCAAUUUUAUUUCCUAAAUUUGGUCUUCUGUGGUUGUUUAGCUAUGUAAUAAACAUAUUUUUAAUGUAUUGUAACUAGUUUCAUGAUAAUUCCUUGACACCAACCGUGUGGCUCGUGCAUGAACUUGAUACCGGUCAGCUGAGGCCACAUGAGCAUUACUAAAACUCAGUAAAGCAAAUACACACACACACACACACACACACACACACACACACACACACACACACACACACACACACAUCUGCUGUCAGACUUUUAAAUACAACAGGCAGACAAACAAGUUAAUCAGUGUGAGUGUUCAGAAUGCAGCAACUAUUUUUUUUAGUGCUUGGCAAACCCUUGUGUAGUGUUCUUUAUGUAGGAAAUUGGUUGAAAGUCACAAACCAAAUGUCCACAAUGCAAGAGGAAUAAAUAAAAAUGGAUAUUCCACCUUUGAUAGGGAUACAUAAUUAAAUAGAACAUAUAGUUCCUUCACCUCAGUUUUCCCUGAUGGUUGUUUCUAAUCAGAGAACUUGUGCAGCUUCUUUAUCACUGUCUUGCUGUUGCAGUAAUCUAUAAGUUUGAUACUUAACAUUUUUAUAACUUUAGUUUGAGUACAAAAUGUGAUGCACAGUUUCCCACAGCACUAGAUGGACGCCGUCAUGUCUUACCACCAGGCGGCGCACUAACUGUCAUUUUCUUUCUCACUCAACAAGGAGCUCUCUAAUCAAGUUGGCUGUUUGAACAACUCUAGCUUUGGCCUCAUCUCCCACUUACAAAAUAGCCUUGACCACAUCAGUAAAAACACUACUGUAUCCAGUCAAGUCUUUUCCCUUUGAAUAUGACACACCCAGACAAAGCCCCACCACUCCUGAUGGACCCAGAGGGCAAAACAAUUUCAGCUGCAUCCUUCAAUCAUUCAGCCUGUGUGACCUUUGGUCCUGAAUUCACAGAUGCUCGGAGAUGCUCUAGUCAUUUUGUCAUAGGGUUAUUAUUUUAUUGUUCUUUAUUCUUUGAAGUGAUAAUUGGUCUUUGAAUAUUUCCAUUUUCUUUAUUUGGAAAAUUUUAGACCCAAAAAAGUAGUAUAAGUAACAUUUUUAAGAUGUUUGACUUUUAUAUGACCACAUAUGCUAUGUGUGUGUGUGUGUGUGUGUGUGUGUGUGAACGAAUAAGGUUCUCAACAGCAUAAUAUGAGUUUGACUUUUAUUAUUGUGUAACAAAAUUAUCAUUAAUUAUUCCAAAUUAGUUAAAGAUGCCUUUACUUUGAAUUGGCGAGUCAUCGUGGCCAUGGUGGCCAACAAGCAAGUUAGUCCAUACAGAAUGAUAUGAAUUUUGAAGGGUUAUACGUAGUAGUUUAUGCUUUAAGUGUGAGGCAUGAGUGCCAAGUAAGAGUAAGCAGGACAGACAAAUUAGAAUUUACUAUGUAGAUAUUUCUUAUCAACUCUAUGGGGUCCCUACUUCACAGUUUUCACUCGCUUGCAUUAUCUCUCCUACCUAAGGUUCAAACAUUGAUGCCAUGUAUUGUCUCAGUCAUCUGUCUCAAGUGUUCCAACACCUUACGACAUCACCCACAUCUCAUAGACCUUUCCUCCCUCCCUUCUCUCCUUUCCUGCUCUUGUUUUCAAGUUCAAGUUUUCUAUUGCAUCUUUUUAUGUGUCGCAGUCAGUCUCGCCCACACGGGGAACACUGCAAUAAAGAUGUUAUUAUUCUUUAA